CUAAGUUUUAGAUGUCCACCAGGUACAAGCCUGACGUUCUCCCACACAGGCGUUGAUGCUGCAGAUUCGGGGGAGGUUAUAGGAAUUGGUUCAGGUGUGGUGACCAACUCUUCAAAGUGGCCGCGGCAACGGUGACCCAGAGCUUGGAGGGUCCGUCCUCUUACAAUGACUUCUCCGGCUUGUUCGCAUUCAACCAUGUCCCCAAGAUCCGCUACUUCGCGCCUCCGACUUCAUUUGAUGAGGGUGGAGCGGACCUCAUCUUCUACUACUUUUCGCGGGUAUCACAGAUGCAGUACAUUUAUGAUUGCACCUCGGUCGAUGUAAUGCAUUCGUUCAUCACUAGGAGUCCGGACGGGUGUGUUACCAGCGCUAUUCUCGCAUUGUCAUCAUUGCAUGAUGCACGGAUGCGCGCUGCAGAAGGGGGCAUAGUUGGCUAUUUGCGCACGUCCAACUCCCAUGAGCUCUAUUUCAAUAAGGCGCGGAACGAGCUUAAUUCGGUAGUUAAAAGUGGCCGUCCCUUGACCGAAGCGGAGGCCACUGCAGCACUCCAUUUGAUCUCCUGGUGGCUGUUCCAAGGUGGCUGGCAAGGGGGUUCAGACGGGAGUUCAGGCUGGCUCGAAGCCCUCAACGUGGCAUGCGAUUGGUUUGAGACACGUAGCGGUAUUUUGAACAGUGGUUCAGAGCCGCUCAAGACGAUAUACAAAUUAAAUCCUGAAGGUCGUUUUGCUGCCCGGACAACCAUGAUGGACAUUUUCUCGGGAAUAACCCUUCUUCGCCCGCCGCGGUUUUCUCGCUUGUAUGAGCACCUACUCAACUAUUCCCCCGGUCAAUCAGACAUUUUCCAGUCGGCGAACGGAUGUUGUGAUGAAGUCAUGUUUUGCCUCUCAGCUAUAGUCAACUUGGAGCAUAACAAGUACCGCGAUGUUCCCAGGACUGUUUUCGAUCGUGAAGUUGCACAUAGCGAUUUUAUGCUUCGCUCGCGCAAACUUCGCAAACAACUCCUCUCGAUCGAUUGCUCAACUCAGCCCAUCUCACCCUUUAUGAUGGAGUCAUCCUCCUCUUCUGCAUACCCUUUCACUCAUAGCAAUCCCAACGUACCCGACACGUAUCCUACUUCCGAAAUCUUCCGGCAAGCCGCACUCUUGUACUUGAGCACGGUCACUUCCGGAUACUCCCCUUCUGUGUCGCACACCCAAGACGCUGUCGCAGCCCUGAAGCUAUCAUUGGAGGCUGUGCCAUUCGACAUGGUAAACAAAGUCGACAGAAGCCUAAUUUUUCCGAUUUGCCUCUCUGGAUGCAUGACAGAUGAUCUAAACUUGCGUGCGUUCUUCGGUGGACGACUGAGAAGCUUAGAUAAUGCAGUGGGGAAUACCAUCACCGCGCUCCAAUUGAUGGAAGCUGUUUGCGCUAUGAGGGAUUCAACGGGUGAGGCUGUGACUUGGAGGAAUGUGAUGAACGAGAUGAAGUUCGAAUUAUUGAUGGUUUGAUGGUGCCCCAGGUGUGCGUCAUAGUAUUAAUUCAGGUGUCCUCACAAAUGUUGCUUCGACGUGACUUCUCGAUAUUAUUUCAUUUCCUGG